GCGGGACUCUAGGUAACUUUUAUCGUUUAUCUUCCUAAUGUUCACGCCCGAACGCACAGCUACGACGCGGUUUCUGCCAUCUGGGCGUUCUCUCGUCGGUCGGACACCACGGUCUAUGACUAAGAGUGAAGUCAAGUUGCGCAGAGUAUUACAAGAGACCGAUUACCAUCGUUUAGAACGUCUUGAGUGGACUGUACCCGUUCAAAUUCAAGAGGCUCUUGUGCACUCUUCUGACAGUGCAAGUAAUAUUAGUUGCCGGUGGUGUGAGAGUGGCUUUCUUUGUGUACUGACUGCCACAAAGUUGCUGGUGUGGCAUGUACAAGGCAGUGAUAAGACAAUGGUGUGUAAGUUUUUGCUAUCUGCAAGUGUAGAAAUAUCAUUCAUUAUAUUUGGAUUUGGCAACAGCUAA